UAUCGCAGAAAGGUAACCGUAAGAUACCGAUAAAUUUUUAUAGUGAUUUGUUUGCAGUGCUGUUAAUCACUGAAUAAUGUAACGAACCGAAGAACUGUACAGAAUGCCACAUCACCUCUCAGGUUUUAAUCCUAUCUCAUAUACUCCUGCGUGGAAAAUUAAACUUGGGUCAUGUCUUUCUCAAUUCAGCGAUUUUGGAAGAUUCAUCGCUCCUACCUAUUAUCAUGACCGGUGUGAAAGAUCCGUACAGAUGCGACUUUACAGCAUGCACAAACGAGAAUUUGUGCUUGUAUUUGCUGCAUUUUUUGCAUGCUUCCUUCUUUGUGUGUUUAUUGGGCUAGCAGGACCACCCAUAACUAGUACAGUUACAACAAAAGCCACAGAACUUACACCAAAGCCAAAUCAAUCCAUCAUGGCAACUGGGCCAUUUGUACUGAAGUCGCCUACUAUGUCUACUUACAGCCAACAGCUUUGGGUUAUAGCACAAAUCGUAACUGAAAAUGAUGAUAAUGAAACUUUCUAUAAACCAUUCCGUCUGGGAGUUACCCUCCAUGGUGUUUCAAACCAAAACAAACCCAUGGUAGUACUUGAUGAAAGCCACAGUCAUGAUAGAGUUAGGAAGUUGUAUUGUGCUUCAAAGUUGUGUGAUGGGCUCACACUUCUUCACUUGGGCUUCCUGGAUUUUUCUCAUUACGUCAUAACCAUCCGUUUCUAUGACUUAGAAAGUACAGACAAGAUGCAUCACAUCCAGGAUAUUAUUUUUAAUUUUAAAAGCUACAAUCCAGCUUUUACACAAGUAGAAAUUUGGUUUCGUUUUGUAUUCCUAUUGUUGACAUUCUUUAUCACAUGCUGGUUUGCUCAUUCACUACGUCAUUUUGUAUUUUAUGACUGGUCAAUAGAGCAAAAGUGGAUGUCUGUCUUGCUGCCUUUAUUGUUACUGUACAAUGACCCUGUUUUUCCUCUAUCCUUUCUCAUCAACAGCUGGGUUCCUGGUAUGUUAGAUGCAAUGUUUCAAGCAUCAUUUCUAUGUGCACUUCUCCUUUUUUGGCUCUGUGUUUACCAUGGCAUCAGACAGAAUGAGAGACUAUUUUUAACCUUCUACCUUCCAAAAUUCAUCCUUGUGGGGCUGUUGUGGCUUGCAGCUUUUACUCUAGCAACGUGGCAGAAGUUUAAUGAAUUGAGAGAUCCUACAUAUAACUACAAAGUUGACACGGGACAUUUCAUGGGUUUCAAGGUAUUUUUCUUUAUCAUUGGUGGAGUAUAUGUGAUUUAUCUAUUAUAUCUUAUCAUCAGAGCCUAUACAGAGCUCCGUUCUAUGCCAUUUUUUGAGAUACCCAAGCCUUCAGCAAAAUGUUUUUGCACUUGCAUAGUAAGUGAACUGGUAUAA